CGCGUGUCUGACAUCAAAUGCUGCCUCGUGCGGCAUCGCGCAUGUUGUCCAUAACCAAAAUUUGUUGAAGGCUGUUUUUUGGAUUUGGAGGGCCUAACGUAACGACUACGGAAGCAACAGAUCGCCAAUAAAAAAUAGCAAUGAAUUUCAUACCGUGCGUUACAUGGGUAAAGAGGGGAGUUGCAGCGGCGAAUCCGGACAAGGUGCAACUUACACCUCAGGAAUUGGAGCAAAUCAUUAAGCAAACUCAGUCAGAUCUCCGAGACGUCGAAAAUAGUACAGAUGAUUCUGACGAAGAUUCAACAAACUCCAAAAAGAACAAGACGAAGAAAGAAAAAAUCACUGCCGAUGGCGAAGCUAUGGAGGAUGACGAGUAUCACUUUGACAAGUACGACGAAGAAGGAGGUAAUGUACACUGCAAUAUCGGAGGAUUAGCGGUCAUAAACGAAGAUGGAACAGAUCCGUAUGUUACAAUACCAGACAGUGGUGACGAGGACUCUGAAAAAGAAGACGAUAUUAUCAAGCCUGAUGAUAAUCUUGUUGUGAUGGGACAUGUUGAAGGAGAUGCCAGUAUUCUGGAAGUGUUCGUGUACAACGAGGCAGAGGGAUCCUUUUAUUGUCACCAUGAUAUUCUACUACCAUCAUUCCCACUGUGUUUGGAAUGGCUUAAUUUUGACCCCAGCGAUGCAAAGCCGGGUAAUUUUUGUGCAAUUGGAAAUAUGACUCCCGUUAUUGAAGUUUGGGACUUGGAUCUAGUGGACUGUUUAGAACCAGUAUUUAAACUUGGUUCUAAACCGAGUAAGAAGAAGAAGCAGAAGAGAGUUGGACACAGAGAUGCUGUUCUAGAUGUAGCGUGGAAUUGUAAUUACACACAUGUAUUGGCAAGUGGUUCAGUGGAUCAAACUGUUCUUUUAUGGGAUUUGGAUAACGGAACACCUGUAACUAAAUUGAAUACCUUUAAUGAAAAAGUCCAAGCAAUCAAAUGGCAUCCUAGUGAAGCUCAACAUCUGCUAACAGGCUGUGGAGAUAAAAAUGCAAGGCUAUUUGAUUGCCGAACUGAAACCAAUUUUAAAGUUUGGGAGUGCUCGGGUGAGGUAGAAAGGGUUUUAUGGAACCAUUUUGACCCCAAUUAUUGUUUUAUAAGUACAGAUAAUGGAAACGUGCACUAUAUUGACAUCAGAAACGAUAAACCAUUGUGGCUACUCUCUGCACACGAAAAAGAAGUAACAGGUCUUUCUCUCAGUACUUCUUGUCCUGGACUUUUAGUCAGCUGUUCAACUGAUAGUUAUGUGAAAGUGUGGGAUGCAGUCAAUAAUAAAAUACCAGAGCUUGUAUGGGAAACAAAGACAAACUUAGGAGCGCUACAAUGUUUGGAAGCGAGCCCAAAUAGUCCAUUUAUGUUUGCUGCGGGAGGCGAUAACAAAUCUCACAAUUUUAAACUAUUUGAUCUACUAGAGAGCACCUCAGUUUCAGAAAGGUUUUCCAAUAGACCAAUGAUAAAAAUAGUAUGCGAAGAGAAUCCGCCCGAAGUUGAUGUAAAACUGAACAGCAAUACAGCAGAGGUAAUGGACGUCACCGACGAAAUGAGCUCAAUGGCUUUGGGUUCAGUCUCAACCAAUAGUCUGAGUAAAAAAAAAAAGCGAAAUAAAAAAUAAAAAGUUUCAGAAAGAAUAUAACAUAUUAAGACCUGUAUAUUUUUCACCUCUCGUUUGCAGUAAAGGAAUGUACGUUUUUCUUUAAAAAAAACUUUAUCAGACACGUAUUCAUAAAUAUAGACUCCUGUGAUUUUAUACUAUAUAAAAUUGGUGCGAAAUGUAUGAUUUACUGUUGAAACAUUUCUAUCGCAAAACAGUUGAGUUAGCAGAAUAGAAAAAUCGACUGUUAACUGUAUUUU